AUGGAAGGUAGACGAAGUCAAGGACAAGGGGCUAGUCGGGGACGUGAGGCUAGCCGUGGACGUGGAGGUAGGCAAGUACAAGAACCAAGAGAAACAAGAGUCGCGGUGGCAGAGCAGCAACAAGAACCAAGGGCUGAAUCAGGGGAUCAAGUACCAACGGCAAUACAACAAAUGGCUAAUACUUUAGUGCAAUUGGUAGAGCAACAAGGCCGAGCUCUAGUGAAUCAGCCUAGAAACCCUGAGAUAGGAGAUGACAGGGCCUUAGAGCGUUUCCAAAAAUUUUUUCCACCAAAAUUCUUUGAAGGGUCUGACCCGGAAGUAGCUGAAAAUUGGUUGGAGGCAAUGAUAAAUAUUUUUGUAGCCUUGCAUUAUAUGAAAGAAAAACAAGUGGCUUUUGCAGUCUUUCAAUUUGAAGGACCGGUUAGAGCAUGGUGGAAUGUUAUUAGGGCAAAGUGGAAGAGAGAACAGACAGCAUGGAUUUGGGUAAACUUUAUGAGAGAAUUUAAUGAGAAAUACUUCCCACCUCUGGUUCAAGAGAAAAGAGAGGAUGAUUUCAUUAGGUUACGCCUAGGAACACUAAGCGUGGCCGAAUACGAAACACAAUUCACUAAACUGUCCCAAUUUGCUCAUGAAUUAGUAGAUACAGAGCAAAGGAGGGUGAAACGAUUUGUACAGGGGUUAAAUGUAGAAAUGCAAGAGGCUUUAGCGGCUGCACAAAUUAAUGCACGGAAGCCCUAG